AUGGCGAGCCCGCCGGCCUCGCAGGGCCUCCCGAACGGGGACUCGCGCCCCCGCCGCCGCCGCCUCCCGCAGGGCUUGGGCGAGCGGCCCGCGAAGCCUCCCCCUGCCUCGGGCGGCCCCGAUGGAGACCAGGGCGAGCUGCCGGCUCUGGAGGCGGCCUACGCGGCCAUCCUGCGGGGCCUGGACGAGGACCCGGCGAGGGAAGGGCUGCGGCUGACGCCCCGCCGGGCCGCCGAGGCCAUGCAGUUUCUCACCAAGGGCUACGGCGAGACCGUCGCGGAUAUACUCAAUGAUGCAGUUUUUGAUGAGGAUCAUGAUGAGAUGGUGAUUGUGAAGGACAUCGAUAUGUUCUCCCUUUGUGAACAUCACUUGGUUCCUUUCUUUGGCAAGGUGCACAUUGGAUACUUACCAAUGAAGAAGGUGGUUGGCUUAAGCAAACUUGCAAGAAUUGUUGAGAUAUUUAGCCGAAGGCUUCAAGUCCAGGAACGGCUUACCAAACAGAUUGCCCUGGCAAUUACUGAAGCACUGAAACCUGUUGGAGUGGCUGUGGUCAUAGAAGCAUCGCACAUGUGCAUGGUCAUGAGGGGCGUUCAGAAAAUGAACAGUAAAACUGUCACCAGCGCCAUGCUUGGAGUCUUACGAGAAGAUCCAAAAACCAGGGAGGAAUUUCUCGCCUUGAUUAAGAAUUAAACGGCAACAGCUUGUGGCUCUCCGUGGGUUUGGAUCCCACGCUAAAGCUAAUUGCCAACACACAAUUGCCUUAUGUGAUCCAGUUUU